CGUCCGCAGACGCGCAUUAGUUGGGAAACGUAGUUGGGGGAAACGCUUCAUAAACAAGUUUAUUUAGUUUUUAUGUUUUUGUAAAUUGUGUUAACACAUUUAUCUGACUCGAAAGCAACGCGAAUCAGCUUUGUUUAACAUAUUUAAUAUUUCUUUGAUAUGAAAAGAAUUUAUGAGCCCGGGACGAACGCGCACGCCGCUAACUAGCUAGCUGUUGGUAAGCAAAGUUAGCAUGUUAGCUAGCUGACAGCGUUAGCCCAGGCGGUGUUAAGCUAUGGAUCCGUGGAGUGCUGCCGCGGAUGAAGUGGCUCUGGAGGGACUGGACGGGAUAACUAUUCCCUCUCUGUGGAUACGACUGGAGGAUAGACAGCCCAAGUUUCCCGUCAAGCUCGACGACGGCACCAAGGAGCUGCUCUGGGAGUCACUUAUCAGCAACACCGACCUGAAAUUUUACGAGCUCCCACAGGAGAGAGAUGAUGUUGUGCUGUCGGACAGGUUUAAGAACAUCGACCCAGAGACAGGCAUUGUAACAGCACAGAAGUUUUGUGACAGAAAGAAAGACGUCUACCCGGUCCAUAUUAUCCUAGAAAACAAGGAAGGGAUACAGGGCUCAUGUGCUUUCUUCACGGAGAGGAAAGACAUCACCAAGCAUGUCCGCUCCAAAUCCCUCACUGCAUUGAUCAAUCUGGGGGAGGCUUUGGAAAGAUACGGCCGAAAGCUUGUUGUGGUGGCGUCUCAGAUUUUGCGAUUCCGGACUCUGAUUGGUGGCGAGAGCGACCCUGAUUUAAAACUAACCGACGAGUCUUACUGUCUGUUGGAAAGAGUGGGCAGAGCGCGCUGGCAAGGCGAGCUACAGAGUGAUCUACACGGAUGCUCUUUCAAGACCGAUGCUCGAAAGUUGCACUACAUGAGGAAGUCUCUUGUCAAAAAUGGACUCAUCAGCAUGCAGUCUCAUGUCACACGAGUGAAGUCAGGACAGCAGCAACACUCGAUACUUCUGCUGCUCAAACGGUUCCACGUAAACAGGAGGACUAAGUAUGACCUACUGAUGGAGUAUGUGUCCAACCUUCUCCAGCAGUUACCUGGUCAAUUUGCCACUUUGAUGAUGCUCAAAGAACAUCUGAGAGUAAAUGAAGGCACUUACAAGCGUGUAAUUCAAUACAUGCGAGCUGCCAAGUUGGUCGAGUUUUGCCAGUACCCUCUGGAGGACUUAGAUCCCAGCGCUGGGCCCUGCACCAACAAAAAAGGCAAUAAAGUACUUGUGCGCUGCUUGAGACUGUUAAAGCCAUAUACAAAGAAGGGCGUCACUGAUGAUGACGACGAUGAUGAGGAUGAUGAAGAUGACACUGGAGCCAGAAGGAAAGCUUUUCCUCCAGAGGGGCGAAUCAUGGAGAAGGAUGUCUUGUCACAGGCCUAUCACAUUGUGUUAUCCUGUGGCACAACGGGAAUCCCCAAGUCUGGUAUUGGCUCUAGACUGAACAUUGGUAAACUUGAAUCUCGGAUGCUCUGCCGAAGAAUGGAUAGGGAAGGUUUAAUUAAGGGAUUCAUGGAGGAUGAGGGCCGGCAGAGGACUACAAAAUUUAUCAGCCAUAAGUGUGUCGGUGGGAGUGAUCAGCUCCAGCUGUUUGCACAGGAGCAGGAACGCCAGAAACUUCUCUACUCCUCUGCACCACAAACAUUAGAUACUGCACCUGCCACCCCUACAACACCAUCAUCCUCAACGUCUACAGCAACAGGAAACACCAGAACUCCUGCGGCAACAAAGACUGAAACAGCAGAUGGAGGAGGAGACGAAGAUGUCAAGGAAGAUGAGCAGACACGUGGUGUUAAAGAAGUCGAAAAAAGUGAGGAGGGGUUGGAUGGAGGCAGAGGAAAAGCAAGAAGAAAGUCAGGAGCAAGAAGGAAGUCAACAGGGAAGAAAGGUGGAGUGACAAAGAAGCAGACACAACCUGAUGCCCCCACAGUACAACCUACACCAGCUGAAUGUGAAACUCCAACAUGCAGUGAAUCCCAGACCACUGUGACACCUGACAUUCUCACAACAGAGCAAACAGCAACUGAGGAGGGAGAACAGUCCAACUUAACUGCUGCCGGCUCUUUGCCUCAGAGUGAGACAUCGACAGAUAACCCAGCAGAGACCAACAUUGUGGUUGUUAAAGAUGUUUGUCAGCAGCAGGACCCCAGUCGAGAAAACUCCAAGAGGUCUUCAGAAAGGUCUCAUGAGACGUACCGCCUGUUGAGGAGGAAGAACUUAAUCGUCGAGGCUGUCCGCAACUUCAAGAUCAUCGAGGGCCUUUUCCCGCUACAGAAGAUCAUCAAUGAUGAUGAGAAGCAGAGUGGAGUCAGCUCAAAGUGUUGCAAGAAAACUAUUUUACGUCUCGUCCACAGUCUGUGUAGAGAGGGCUUGCUGAAGAUAUACUCAACCACUGUCAUACAGGAUGGGAUCACCAAGAAGCUUGAGAUGGUCGCUCAUCCGUCCAUUCAGCCCAAUGAUGACAUAGUGCGCAGAGUUAUUGAGCAGGUUCGCUUCAAGAUCUCGAGCUCUUACACAGCUGUACGUCUGCAACACGCUGAAGAGAAAGCCAGACAACAAGAAAAACAGUCUGAGGAGGAAACCCCCAGCACUUCUAAGGGUCAAAAGAGCAAGGCUGACAAGAAGAGAUCGAGCAAUAAAGAUGACGAGUUCAAGCCUACGACAGUUCGAGGACUGGGUAAGAGUUUUGGCUUCCAGCCUAAGAUGCAUCGUCUGCGAGUUGUUCAUAACUUCCUCUGGUACGUGAUCUACGGACACCCGCUUAAACACGUGUCCACUGACCCUGACUCAUCCUGUGGAACGCCAGCAAGCCUACACAGCUCUGAUCCUGAAGCCAAACACCCAGACAACCAUGAAAACCAGGAUCUUAAAGACACACAAACCUUGACAAACACAGACGGACAAACACAGUCGUCUGAAAAAGCUGCCGCCGGCUCUGUAGACCCACAAACCGCAGAUUCUGCUGCCUCUAAAUUGGACCUGAUAUCAGGUGAUGAAGAGGAGGAGCAGAAAGAUGAAUCUGGCAUGAGAGUGUAUGCUGACGAAGAGUCAUGGAAGAAAUUCAUUCCUCCUGUCCGUGUACACAAAGAGUUUAGCAGUGGCUGGGCGAUGGUGGGUGACCUGCUCCUCUGUCUGCCUCUCUCCAUCUUCGUUCAGGUCAUACAAAUCAACUAUAAGGUGGAUGGACUGGAGGAAUAUCUCAACGACCCUGUGAAGCAACAUCAUCUUGUUAGAGCACUGCCCGCCAGAAUGAGAAGACAACUGCUUUACAGACGGAAAUACCUGUUCUCAUUUCAUGAGAACCUGCAGAAGUUGGUCUACAUGGGUCUGCUGCAGUUUGGUCCCUUGGAGAAGUUCAUGGAGAAAGACCAGGUGUUUGUGUACCUGAGGCGUAACACUACCAUUGUUGACACCACCAGUGCUGAGCCUCACUACUGGCUGGUCACAGAGUCACCGGACAAACUCUUUGACAGGCGCCAGUACACGUUUAACUCUGCUGAGGAUGUUGAAAACUACUGGUUUGACCUGAUGUGUGUCUGCCUCAAUACACCACUGGGGGUAAUCCGCAAUAAGAGAAAUGUCACUGACAAUGACACUGCUCCUUCUUUUGUGCACGAGCGCAACGUGUUCGUAGGACUGGCGUACCUGCUGAAGGGCAGUCGUGAAGUGAAUGAUGACGGGUCAAUACCAGGAGACGGUAAAGGAGCAGGAGGUCUGCAUUCUGAAUUUUUCGCUCAUCUUAAACGCAACUGGUUGUGGACCAAUCACCUACUUUCUGUCAAAACGGACCCAACUGGUUUGGAAGCAAAGGAAAACAAAAUCAGACUGAAGAGUUUGCUGAGUAAAAACGCUCUCAGGAUCGCUCUUAAAGCCGGAGGAUCCACCGCACCUCGUUACCUGACCACCAAACGACCACUGGUGGCAGAAAAUGUUGAGGUGGCCAUAGAACCUGCUACCAGAAACCAGCAGGUAGUCGGUGGAAAGAAACAGAAGAGGAAAAGAAGCAAAAAGGAGGUUGUCAAGGUCGCACGCAAGAAGAAGAAAGAGCCAAGGAAACGCGGCCCUGCCCACGAUGAGGCGGACCACCGGGCUUUGAAAAUGAUGACCAGACAACGAGUCUAUUGGUCUAUACAGGAAGACUCACUGAUGAUGCUCUGCAGUGUGGCCUCGCACCUGCUCAACAGCAAGUUAAAAAGGCCUUUUGUACCUUACUGUGGGGUGAGGGACCUGCUCCACGCGGAGUUUGAGAUAUCAAUGGAUAAAACAUCUGUUGCUGUCGGGCGUCGCACACGAUACAUCCUCAAGAAUCCUCAGACGCUUCUGAACUACAGGAUCUGUCUGGCUGAGGUGUACCAGGAUAAAAGUCUGAUGAGACUGUUGGAGGAAAAAAAACCUCAAGAUCCUGAUAAACCAGAGGAUUGUGCUGUAGCUUUCUUGGAGUAUGCCAAGCUUCUGAGACAGAAGUUCAGCACUGUGAUGAACCCUCAUGAUAUGAUCAUGCCUGACACGAAACAGCAGCUCUUCUCACGGUUUAAGGUUUCCACAAUAGAAAGUCGAAAGCAGGUGUCAAGCAAAGAUGUUCUCACCUGCACGGACGACAUUCACGCCAUAGUGUUGCAUAACUUGAUCCAGAGCACUCUGGCCAUGACCAACAGUCAGAUGAAGUCCUCCAGAUCCUUUCAGACCUUCCACAUAUACUGUAAGUAUAACCAGGAGCUGCUGUGCCAAGUGUUCAUACAGUGCAGGAAGAGGGGUCUGGUCAACCGACGUCGGAUCAAUCAGUCGUUUGGGCCGAAGAAAAACCGAGCGUUGCCCAUCCUGCCCAUGUCCUACCAGCUGUCCCAGUCCUAUUACAGGUGUUUUUCCUGGCGCUUUCCUCACUCGCUCUGCACUGAUUCAUUCCGCUUUUUGAGGAGUCUAAUUAACAAUGGGACAAGAGAUGACAGAUCUAUUACUGCGUUUUACCAUGAAACUGAAAACAGGCUAGAGAAUGAGGAGGAAGCAUUAGAGAGACCGACAGGGUCAAAAAGAAAAGAAAAACAAAGCAGAGGAAAGAAUGAUGGUGAUGGUGCACCACAAAGUAAUCUAGAGGCACAACCAGAGGAGGUAAACAUUGAGUCAUCAAAGGAAGGAGAGAUCGACCAAAGGCAAGUGGAAGGAGAGGAAAAGUUGAUGGAGGUGGAUGUGAACAAAUCAGAUGAACAGAAAACCCCAGAAAAUUGCCUUACAGCUGCCUCUGGUGGAGAUCCAUCCAGUGGAGAGCAGACAGACGAUCAUCUGCCUGAAGAGGGGCCAUCAGGAGUGGCUGCAGCCUCAAACACAGCAGCUCAGGUCUCAGAUGAUCCUCCAGAUCUGUCGGGCAUGCUGCAGUUCUCUCUGGACUCCCCAGGUGGAGCCUGUGUGGUCUCUCUCAGCCUGAUGUCUCUGGGACUGCUGAGUGUGCAUGUGUCCAUACCAAAGCAGAUGGUGGUGGUGGACAGCAAUCUCGUGGACAACGAUGUAGUCAAGAGUAUGGCAGCAUUGGAGGAAGAGGAUGAUGAUGAUGAUGACGGUGACGAGUGUGAGGGGAGAAAGAAGCUGGAGGUGAAGGCACAUCAAGCUUCACACACCAACUACCUGAUGAUGCGAGGAUACUGCUGUCCAGGCAUAGUCAAACUACGUAACCUCAACAUCAAUGAUAACAUUGUGGUGGAGUCAUGUAUUAUGAAGCUGCAGCUACGCAGCACACCUGCUCACCACUUGUUCAGUAUGGAGAACUCUCCACCACCGGACUUCACUAAAUGUGGUCCUUCUCUGCUGCCGUCCAUGCUCACCUGCUCAUUCCGUCCCUCCUCUUCUUCACCCAGUGUGGAGCAGUGUGACAGGUGUUUGGUAGAGCAAAGAGGAUACACUCCUCAGGACAUAGAAGCAUGUGCUCAGCUCAGGAGGAGCUUAGACAAAGCUGGGGAGACUGGCUUGGAUGUACAUGAACUUUACGAGGCUCUCGCACAACAGGAGGAGCCACAGUGUGGACGCACCAGGAGCAUGCAGCAGUACAUGAAGGAGUUACAAGAAGAAGGCCAGGUGUUAAAAGUUGGCGGUCUGGGCGUCCGUUGGGUGCUCAUGCAGCACGCUGACCCGUGGCUGCUGACUGUAAACUCCAAACAGUGGUCCCAGUCACGCCUCAAAUCUGACAAACUCCCCUUCUUGGAGAAUGAGCACAACAUCCCCUUCAUGCGAAAGAGAUGCAGACGAGAAACCCGACAGGAGACAGAGGAGCCACCAGCUAAAAAACCUGCCGUGGACAGACAAGAGAGCAAAGACAGAGUGGAUGCGGAGGGAUUGCCAAGCAACGUGACGAACGAGGGAGAACAGCUGGAAAAGCAGAAAGAGAGGGAAGAUGAGGAAAGUGGAGACAAACAGUUAAACUUGAGAGAAGAUGAGGGAGCAGAGCAGACAAGAGAGGAGGAGGCAGGACAAGAUAAGAUAGAAACAGAGGAGAGACAGGAAGAACAGACAGAGCAGAGAGCAAGAGGGGACAGUACAGACGCUGAAAGAGCUGAAGAAGCAUGUUCUCCCCAGGCAGGAUUAACUGAUGUUGAUGUUGAUGAAAAUGUGAGUUUUAUCAGCCGGCCGUGGCGCAUGGUGGACGGUAAGCUGAACCGGCAGGUGUGCAAAGGCAUGCUAGAAGCCUUGCUUUACCACAUCAUGUACCAACCUGGACUCACACAGCAGACGCUGGUGGAACAUUACAAAGAUGUGCUGCAGCCAUUGGCAGUGCUGGACCUCGUGCAGGCACUUAUAGACAUGGGCUGUGUGACCAAAAAAACUCUGGUUAAAGGUCCUAAGCCCACACUGUUUGGUCACACUGUGCACCAGACAAAAAGUGAGACAGGAGUGAAGACUGAGGAUCCAGACACAGUGUUUUAUGAGCCAACCAUCAGCUGCUGCCUGCGGCUCAGUCAGGUGUUACCCAACGAACGUCACUGGAACAACUGUUUACCAUGAAAGUGUUCGUCUGCCUCACUUGACCUGCACUUGGCCUUAACCUGGCUUCUCCUGGCAUCACAUUAGGUACAUAAGGCUUUUGAAGUUUAAGCCUCAAGAAGCUCAGUAGUCAGACUCUUUUCUGAUACUUAAAUAAUGUAAUUUUAAAAAACGUUUCAUGUCAUCAAUUCUGGUUUUACAGAAGAGGGAUUUCUUUGUUUGUUUGGUUUAUUGUAUUCCAAAUUAAUAAAAAUGCAUCACAUGACAUUCUUGACUUAAGUUUGUGUCGCAGCAAAGUGUUGCUGAAUUCAGGAGGAACUGGGACUCAGGAGGAGCAAUGUGAAUUUCUUUGUGGCAGGGUGUAAUUUGAUGAGAUGGGCCCCAGGUUUUUACUGGAAGGCUUUGAAAGAUGUCAGUCUGCCAAACAUGAUCUCAGAGGGCAUUGAGCUCCACCAAGGUUAUGCAGUGUCACUGAUUCCCAUCCUGUAUUUUCAUGGACAAACAUCCCUUGCGUGCAGCCAACCUGGAGCUGUUUGCAGCCCAGUGUAGUGUAGGAUGGGAUUCAGGCCAUUGAAUUCUGAAGAAAUAAAACUCAUUAGCAUCAUUAGCAACAUUAGCAUUAACUGCUGUUCACUUACCAAGAGAUUCAGCAGUCAUUGUGUUUACAAAACACAAGGUUAGAAUAUGACCUCUGGGCAGCCUGGACGCUACAGCGACUCACUAUCACAAAGUAUUAUGAGACAGAAAGGGCUGGGGCUAGCUGGUUAGCAUGCUAACUUCAGUAGAAGAAAAGAAGUGAUAGAAAUAGAAACAAAACAAAAGUUAACAUUGCUGAAGACAGCUUUUGGUGAGUAAAGGACAGGAGUUUGCUGCUCAACUGGCAACGUUUCCUCUAGACUUAAGUAUCUGUCUUAUCUGUAUCUGUAUUGGCUAUGCAGGGCUAGCAAAAAUGCACAUAUUGCACAAGGGAACUUGUGGAGUUUUCUUUGAAACAAGUACAUUCACUGUUUCUCACCAAAAUGCAUUGUGGGUAUCUUUUAGGCCUAGUAACACAUUGAGUACAUAUGUUUACCGCUUAAAGAAUUUGCAAAGCUGUUUCUUUAUUCUAUGUCUUGAAACUUAUACUGUUGACAUUAAUGUUUGCUAGCUGGCAGUCUUCUUUUUUCAUGCAGGUCUCUGUGUUUCUUGACAUGAGAUUAACUUGUUAAUCAGCAGAGUAGCAUGAUUCUUCCAGCAUCUUGUCAACUGUCACAAGAUGCAAACAAAUCGGGGACUGAUUCAUCAAAACGUUGCUCCAUAGUGCUACUUCUAGUCAAAAAAGCCACGGGAUACCUCUGAAGGAGUAGCACUGACUGGGAUGUGGGCAUUGUUUCAGACUUUAAUUGUGAGGAGUACCAGUACAAGGAGAGUACCUUAUGUACUAAACCUAACUUGUAUGGAAGUGUCUGUCUUU